UUGCUGAAGCGAUUUGCCCACCCAGAAGCCAAGAUCAGCCAACCUGAGCAUAUCGGCAUCGGGGAGGAUGCAAUCACAUUCAAGUUCAAACAUGGGGAAACGGACUUGUGCCUGAAAGUGUUCAAACCAUGGAAGUAUCCUCACUCGUACCCAAGUAUCAACCCGACAGUCGAAAAGCUCAUCGGUCCCUUCAGCCGAGAAUGCCGGGCAUUUGCUCGUCUCUGUGAUAUGGGUCUGAACGGGACGUGGGCUGUGCGGUGUCAUGGCUGGAUCUAUCUGUCGGAUAGCCAGAUGGCGUCUCUCAGAAAGGUAUACCCCCAGUUGGAGAGUUACGAUCCGUACUACACUGGUUCGCGCUGGGCGAUUGUAAAGGACUUCCUCUCUGCUCCACCCACCAAGGCAGAUCUCGUGAAAAUCCGCGAGGGAUUUGAUAUUGCGAAACAGGCGCGAAUCUUACCACACGAUCUGGAAAUGGACAAUUAUAAAGGGUCGGUUUUGAUGGAUCUGGGCUGUUCGACAACGUAUCCGUUUGUGAGAGGUUAUGCGUCCACGUUUGAAUUCGAUCACUUCUUCGACAAUUGCAUCCCCUACAUUGGGGAGGACUGG